UGAACCAGUUCGUUCGCAACCAACACAUCACAGAAGGUCACACACGCGUGUUUUUGAACACAGGAGGAGCAGCUCUGUGAAAGCUAAAGGAUGGAAAUAUGAAUUGAAACAUAGCAACUUUAUACAGUUAGCCAGUUACAGUAUAAACACGCAUUAAUGCUAUUACGAAAAACAUUCACACGUAUACAUAUGUGGCAUUUAAUGUAUUAACGAGCUGCGGUCAGAAACGAACAGGUCGCCUAUAGCCUGUCAGCUAGCUUCUUCUUCACAACAUUACAUCCCCACAUCACUGCAGCUAUGUUUAGGAGCCUUGUUAGACUUCAGAGUCGGUUUGGAAACAUCCUUUCUGCCAAUAAAGUGUGCCCAAGAAGUCAGCAAUUAGCUUUGAAACACUCCGCAGCCGCAGCAGAAAGAAAAAGAUUUUAUAAAGAUGUCAGUAUAUCCCAAGGUGAAGGUGGUUUAUAUGAAAUAAACCUAGACAGAAGAAAACUGAAAACUCCUGGAGGGAAGCUGUUCACAGCGCCAAAUGAAGUCCUGGCCAUCGCCGUGGCAACCGAGUGGGAUGCUCAAAGGGACACACUCAAAUUCUACACUAUGCACCUGACUACACUGUGCAACACAGCUCUGGACAAUCCCACGGAACGUAACAGGGACCAAAUGAUCAGCGCUGCCCUGAAGUUCCUGGAGACUGAUACUGUCUGUUACAGAGUAGAUGAGCCAUACGGUUUGGUUGAGCUACAGAAGAAUGAGUGGGACCCUCCGCUGCACUGGAUUGAAAACAGAUAUGAUGUCACUAUCGGCUCCUCGUCCAGUAUUUUGGGUCCUGAGAUCCCAGAGGCAACUAAAGACACGUUACGGCAACAUCUGAAAUCUUACAACUUCUGGUCCCUGACAGGGCUCGAGUACGUGAUCACCCAGCUGAAGUCUGUUGUGUUGUCAUUGGGGAUGAUCGAUAGACAUUUGAGUGUGGAACAGGCUGUGCUGCUCUCCAGACUGGAGGAGGAAUACCAGAUUCAGCACUGGGGAAACGUGGAGUGGGCCCAUGACUACGACAUGUAUGAGCUGAGGGCACGAACUGCCGCUGGAGCUCUUUUCGUUCACCUCACCUCUGAGAGUUCAACUGUCAAACGCAAACUUAUGCAGGACUGAGAAGGAUAAGCUCAAAACAUAAAACUCUCCGUGAGCAUACGUCAAAUGUGCCCUCAAACUGAGACCACCACCACCCUAAGCAACACACUUUUAUAUCCAUUCAGACAAACACAUCACAUCCUGUUUGUUCUGUUUAGCUGUGACAGCUGCUUUGUCUGCGAUCUGUUAUAGAGUCAUUUCACACCAGUGAAAACAUUGGCUGUCUUUUUGCAGUGUUGAUAGGUGGCAGCUGCCAAGUGUGCCACCCCUCACCGAGUUUCCAGUCGGUUCUCACUCAUCCGUGACAUUUUGGACACUGCGCAUGGUUUCAAGAGAAUAGUGACUAAUGUUGUUGUCUGUUUGGUGGGGGAAUGUUAAUUCCAUGUCUGCUUUCUCUGUGUGCCACAUUAAAAUACUGCUGAGCGCAUAUGUUAUCCUGUAGUGUUUGGUAAUGGUAAACCGUAGUAGGUGCAAUAGGUGAAACAUACUGCAUUCAAAUUCAUUUCUGUAAUUUAAGAUUGUCAUUACCCAUGUAUGUAUUUUGACAUUUUUAGUGUGGUAAUGAGGUGGAAGAUUAAAUGCUGUACACAGAAAGCCUGUUCAUCAUCCUCACUGCACAGUUCUGUUUCUACAAAAAGUUGAAUUUUAGCGGAAUGGUAGACUACACCCCCAUCCAGUAGUCAUUUUCAUGUACAAAAGCUGAAGGUUUUGUUGCUCUUACAGUUUAAAUUAAAUGAAAAGUAACUCAUGUUUGUCUAAAAAUGUGCAAAAUGUCAGAAAAGUUUAUUGUGAAUUAAAACCCAAACAAGGCAAAAAUACUUUU